UUCGCUGCUAGAAAAAUUCUUAGCUGCUCGUUGCGAGGCCUGCCAUUUGCGAGCUGCCAUGAGUGCUUUUUCAAAACGAUUAUUCGCUCGCGGUUGUCGACCUCCUCGCACUCCUUGGAAUCGCGUCGACCUCCAUCGCAGCCUUAUUGCCUCGCUCGUUCACCCUUAGGAGGAGCUUUGUUUUUCACAGCUCAAGUUUAGCUGCUCCCUGGGCGACAGCCUCGCUCACCGAACUGUUUUAGCGGCCACGUAGCAGUAGCUUUAUUGCGGUUCUCGCGCUCGCAGUUAGCAAUACGACUUCCCUUGCCGCCCAUCUGUGCCGUCGACGUCUCAAGGCGCCACGAUUCGCAUUUGAAUGACUAUUGAGCUACGGAAGAGAAAUACGUUCACUUUUUCCCCUGCCACUGGGAAUACCGACCUUUCGACAAAAUGGGUGGUGGCGAUUGCGUCAUCGUAUGCGGGUCUGUAGACUCGCCCCCAGUGGUCGAAGUGAAGGGGAUUACAGCGAGGGUAGGGUUGCCUGGACCCACGUCACUAGGACCCGUGGGUGACACAGCAGCGGAGCAAAGUGCAGUUGGUGACGUCAGCACUGGAGUUAAGGACGGACCGGUCGAGAUUACGGACGUUGCUAUCGCUACUAAAGAAGCUCUCGCUGCUGCAGGUAACGGCGCCGAGAAGCAGCAGGAGGAGGAAGUAGCGGCGGAGAAGGAAGACAAGGAGAUGGAGGAGGAGGAGGAAGAGGAGGAAGACGAGGAAGAGGAGGAAGACGAGGAAGAGGCAGAACGGGAGGAGGAAGAGGAGGAUCAGGUAGAUGGGGAGAGAGUCGAGGCGAAAGUGGCGAAAGUGGCGAUUGAGGCGAAAGAGACGAAAGAGACGAAUGAGACGAGCAGGACUCCUGAAAGGGACGAGAUAGCGGGGCAUCUAGACGGCGAGGUGUUUCGUUCCAGGCCUAUCUCCGACUUUAUUGGCCCGAGCCCGAUGGCAGCGCUUGGCGCAACCCGAGGCCUCGCAGGCGGCACUAGCACGGGGGCAGGCGGAAAAAUCGAUAUUGUGAAGGCAAACACUGGCGUGAAGAAGGCUAGAGGGAAGGGGACGAGUAAGGAGGGGGCAGAGCGGGAGCUGAAGCGGAAGCAGCGGGAGGAAGAGCGGGAGCGGAAGCGGCAGAAGGAGGAGGAGGCGAAGGAGGUGCGGAGGAAGAAGAAGGAGGAGCUGGAGGCGAAGAAGAAGCAAGAGGAGGAGGAGAAGGAGGAGAAGCGGCGGAAGCGAGAGGAGGAGCGGCGGAAGAAGGACGAGGAGAAGGAGCAGAAGCGGCAGCAGGAGGAGUCUGACAGGCUCCGUAAGCAGAAGGCGCGGGAGGAGAAGGAGAACAAGAGGAAGGAGGAGGAGAGGGAGAGGGAGCUGAAGAGGAGGAAGCAGGAGGAAGCGGAGGAGAAGCAGCGGGCGGCAAAGCAGAAAUCCGCGAAUUUCAUGAGCCGUUUUUUGGGCAAGAAGAAGGACGAGCUCAAGUCCGCCCCAGCAGCCGCCACACCUGUCCAUUCCGCCACCCCAGCGGGUUCAGCGCACGCGGGCGUCGCUGCAGCGGGCGCAGCAGCAGGCGAGGGUGGCGGGGAAGCGCCAGGUGCCGCGGGGGCCUCGGGCAGCGGGCUGGGGGAGAAGACGCCCCCGCCCGCCAAGGCGUCCCCGUUCCUUCCGCCGCCAGCAAGCGCCGCACGGCUUGGCGCGCCUCUUGCCGCCGAUACAGAGGCGAUUGACGCGCAUCUGGCGCGCCCGUGCGCGCUGUCGCAGGCGGAACUGCUCAGCUCCCUUUGCGAAAAAUGGAGCUCGCGCCACGCCCUCCUGCCAGCCGACCCCCCUCCCAAUGCGAGCACGCGUGUGCGUCCCAGCUGCUCCCCGCGCCGCAAGCACCGGCCGUGGGGCCAGCGCACGCAGCCCCGGGCCGCUGCCCCAAACUGUGGCAGCAGCAGCAGCGCCGUCGGGCGCGGGCAUAAGCACGCUGGCUCGGGCGCUGCAGCAGCAGCAGGGGCAGCAGCAGCAGCAGCAGGUGGUGGUGCUGCGGGUGCUGGGGGCGCUGGUGGUGUUUCAGCCACCAGUGCGGGCUCUUGUGUGGAUCCUUAUGGGGCUGUUGGCUCGGGAAAGAAGGCACAUGCGGCUAAGGAGGAGGAUGAGGUGAUGCGGCUGUGGCAAGUGCAAAGGAGGGAGCGGAGGCGGAGGAAGCUGCUGCAGUUUACCGAGAACACAAGGCCCGCAUACUAUGGCACCUACUCUCUUGUCAGCAGUGGUGUGGUGCGGCCGCGUGCGCCCUUGCGCAAAGACCCUGUGCUCAACUACGACGUGGACAGCGAGGCCGAGUGGGAGGAGGAGGACCCAGCAGGGGAGAGCCUGUCAGACUCGGAGGGUGAGGACGACUUGGAUAAGAUAGACCCGGAGGAGGGCGGCGAGGGGGAGGACGACGAGGACGAGGACGGGUUUGUGGUGCCGGACGGAUACCUUUCUGCGGAUGAGGGAGUAGACGCAUGUGCCCGUGCUGGUGGUUCUGGUGGUGCUGCUGGUGGUGCCAGUGGUGCCAAUGCAAGGGCGCCUGAUUCCCCUGCUGCCACAGCGGCGAGCAGGGCAGGGGGGGUGGCAGGCGCAGGGGGGGCGGAGAAAGGGGAGAAGGGGGAGAAGGGGGAGAGGGGGGAGGAGGGGCGGCCGGCGGACUGGCAGGUGCAGGUGCUGCAGAAAGCGGUGCAGAGGGCGCUGGCAGUGGGCAGACCCGUGGUGCUGCACGCGCUGCCUGGCGCUGCUGCUACUCCUGCUGCUGGUGAUGCUGCCGGUGGUGGUGCUGGUAGUGGUGGUGAUGGCCAGCAGGAGGGGGAGAAGCAAGGGGGGGAAGAGAAGGAGAAGCAGGAGGGUGGGAAGCCGGACAGGCAGGCUCAGCAGCAGCAGAAGCAGCAGCAGCAGAAGCAGCAGCAGCAGCAGCAUCUACGGUACCUGCAGGCCCUGGCAGUGCAAGUGCUGGAGCCAGGCCUGCUCAUCUCCCUGCCACUCCUCCCAGCCCCACCCACUCCACCGCAACCCCGCACCAAACGACAACCCGUCGCCCUCCCGCGAUGGGGGGAGAAGCGCAAGAGAGAAGCGGGUCCUGGUGUAAACACCAGCAGGGGGGGUGAAACAGGGGAUGCAGAGGACACAGGGGUCAUAGGGGGCACAGGGAGGGUGGGGGAGACAGGAAGCAAAGUGGGAAGCACUGACCAGAAUGCAGAGCGCCAUGAAACAGAGCUGAGUGGAGGGAACGCCACAAGCAGCAAUGCACAAGGGUCGGAGGAAGGGGGGAAGGAGAGUGGCAAGGAGAGCGGUAUAGAGGAGUGUGCUGUGGUGCUGCACCGAAGAAAGAGGCGAGUGGUUGGAUGGGGCACCACGUCGCAUAUCCUAGUAUCUGCUCCGCACUCGACCGCAUCGCCGUGGGCCCAGAUGCUCUUGCCAGUGCGAGCUGCUACUGCUGCUACUGCUGCCACUGGUGCCGCUGGGGCUGCUGCUGCUACUGCUGCCGCCGCUGCUGCUGCUGCUGCUACUGCUGCUGGUGCUGCAAGAAGCUUGGCAGGAACAGCAGAAGGAGUGGCUGCAGGAACAGCAGUAGGAACUGCGGGGGCGAACUUUUGUUCUGGUGAAGGCUCAAAGAGUCCUGUAGCUGCUGGCGCAUCUGCUGGUGCUGGGACAAUGCUGCACCUGCCACCACCAACUGUGCCUGGGCCUACAGGCAAGGAGUCGACCACCCCUGCGAAACCUGCUGCUGCACAAGGAGCGGCAACAGCAGGAGCAGUAGCAGCAGCGGCGCCAGCAACCCCGCCCCCAGCGCAGCCAGCAGCCCCUGGCAGCAGCAGCAGCAGCCAACCCCCUCUGCGUGUGAAACCCAUCACCACCUUCUUUCACCGCAGGGUACCCCCUUGCUAGCAGAGCAAUAGCAAUCCCUCUGCCCCCCAGCUACCAUACCAUUAGGCCAUGUCCGUGUGCCCAGCUAUGUGUAUGGUGGCCGCCUGCUGCUUGGCUUCUUCACCAGUACCACCAGCAGCAGCCAGCAGCAGCCAGCAGCAGCCGCCAGCAGCCGCCAGCAGCCAGCAGCAGCCACCAGCAGCAGAGCAUUUGCAGCAGCAUGCUGUAGCAUGUGUUGCCGCUGCUGCUAGCACCUGCACCGCAGUGCUCCUUCACAUGCAGUUGUGCUCCUGGAUGUGUACCACCAGCAUAUAAGUUUCAUCCCUGGUGCGCUGUGCUCAUGGCUGCAGCUUAGCUUUGCGUCCACGUUUCAACCAUCUUGUUGCUUUCUUUUUGGACCUUUUCUUAUGCAGUCAACUUGCUGCUUCGUCCUGUUCGUAUAUCCCUUCUACUGUUCUCCUGGUUGCAUCGUGCUGUUGAGCAGGGCCCUCUUUUCAAUAAUUCCUUGUCUGAGCCAUCAGACUCUGGUUCAGUAUUUUGUCUGGAAAAUUUUGGCGUUGUCUGAUUCAGAUAGAAUGGGGAAUUAUGUCUGAAAGCUUA